AUGUCUGGAGCCGAUGACGUUGAAGCUCACAAAUCCCGGCGGAAGUUCGGAGGUCCGUAUAGUGGUCAGCACCCUGUACCGACGAUCCAAGGCUACGAACAACAGCGCCAAUAUCGUCAAUCGCUGGCACGUUCGAAUGAAGAUGCAGACGACGUUACGCAAGAGAAUGGUGAUUCUCUUUCCAGCCCCCAGACGAGCAAUGUUGGAAAAGAUGCAAGUCAGCCUGCGCAACGGACUGUAGAGCCCGUCUAUCAAAGCGAGAACAAGAAUAUACCGCGUGCCGCAAUCGAGUCCGACCAGAAUAAUGCCCAGGGAUCGAGAGAUCGGGAGCGCGAGAAGCAAAAGUCUAGUCGAGGACAGAAAACUGGAGACACACAGCCUGAUGAAGAGACUCCCAAGGACACAUCACAAGCCGUUGCCGGAGCUUCGAGUCAAAAAGAGAAAAGAAAGGUGCUAAAGCAUCUAAAACGAAACAAUGCCGAGCGUGAGGUAACAGAUCCGGUAACUCAUCUACCGGUUCAAAUUCACGAUUUUACGAAUGCUGAAUUAAAGCGCGUUCCACAAAAUGAACCAUCUUUUGGUUCGCAGCUCUGGUCUGCAACUGGCCUCGAUGCCAAAAAUAAAAGCGAUGAGCACCUUAGCAGGGAGAAAGAGUCCCUUCAGGAGACACACGCUGGCUUGGAAAUGCUCUUCCCUCCGCCAGAUUUACAGGAGACUUCCGAUGAACUCAGAAACACCGUCCAACACGUGUUGACAACGACGAUCUGGUUGGCAAUUUUAUCAUCAUUUUCACUAGUCAGCAUGGUAUUUCUCUUUCGGAUCUACCGGACAGAGAGCCAUGGUGCUUGGCGCAAUAUCGAAAUGAAUAACCCUCUGGUUACUUUAGUUAUGAUAGUAGCGGGCAUUAUCCUCAUUGGGACUGCACUGAGCUGGGGCCUUCAUCGCUUUGCCAAUAAGAAAAUGCAAGGCGUUUGGGAAAGCGAGGUCUGGGAGUCAAAACGCAGACAAGGUCAGGAACAAGUCAAUACCUCUGUUCCCGAAUCUGUCGAAUGGCUAAAUUCGCUUGUUGGCUCUAUUUGGCCCCUUGUUAAUCCCGACCUUUUUACCAGUUUGGCUGAUACAUUGGAAGAUGUCAUGCAAGCCAGUCUUCCAAAGCUGGUGCGCAUGGUAAGCGUUGAGGAUCUUGGCCAAGGAAGUGAAGCCCUGAGGAUUCUUGGUGUGAAAUGGCUUCCAACUGGCGCGGCUGCACGAUCGGUAUCUUUGGAUGGCCAGUUAAAGAGCCAACAAAGCCCGAAUGAUAGAAUGAUUCCUGGUGCCAGUCAGGAGACAAUUGAUGACUCUACGUCGACAGACCAGGGAGCGGAAGGCGAAUCAGGGGGACGACAAAACUCUGGCCGAGAUACCCCCGAGGAUGAGGAAACUGUUGCAGAAGGAAUGGAAGCCGAAGAAGGGGAUUUCGUCAACGUUGAAAUUGCCUUUGCAUACCGCGCGAGGCCCGUUUCAACGAAUCUUCGAAAUAAAGCUAAGAACGCACACCUCUAUAUCGCAUUUUAUCUUCCUGGUGGUCUCAGAUUUCCGGUCUGGGUUGAAUUAAGAGGACUCGUGGGGUGCGUGCGCAUGAGGUUACAGCUCACACCUGACCCACCUUUCAUCGCCCUUUCGACUUUCACCUUUUUAGGGCAACCCAAGGUGGAUCUUUCAUGCGUCCCGUUGACUAGCCGCGGACUCAACAUAAUGGAUCUUCCCCUCAUUUCUAGCUUUGUACAAAGUUCUGUUGAUGCUGCUAUGGCGGAAUAUGUUGCACCGAAAAGCUUGACUUUGGACCUUAAAGAUAUGCUUAUCGGUGACGACUUCAAGAAGGAUGUUCUCUCAUACGGGGUCGUUGUCGUUCACAUUAAGCGCGCGAUGGAUUUUAAAGAAGGGGAUCCGGGGUUUGGCGUACUCAAAGAGGGCACUGCUGACCCUUACGUUUCAGUCGCAUGGGCCAAGUUUGGUAAGCCCGUGUGGUCUACAAGGCUUCUACUUAAUGAAAUGAAGCCUGUCUGGGAUGAGAUGGCAUUCGUUUUGGUGGGGCCAGAGGAAGUUAACGCGGAGGAGAGACUACGCCUACAGCUGUGGGACUCGGAUCGUUAUACGGCUGAUGAUGACCUCGGUCGUAUCGAAGUCGAUCUUAAAACGAUAAUGAAGAGCCCGAAGUCGAACGGGUCCAUGUGGGACAGAACCGAUGACUUUCAAGCUCUGGAUUCGAAAGAGUCAAUGCCCGGACGUUUAGAAUGGAGCAUUGGGUAUUAUUCAAAGACACCAAUCCAACCUUGCCAGAUCCAGCAUCAAAACGCUUAUCCCGAAAUCAAAAGUAUUGAACAACUGAAGGAGGUUGUGUCGGACACAGCUCAGAGAAAAUUGCGAGAAGCAUCGAAUAAAGAUGAGGCAUGCGAGCUUGAGCAGAUUAAAGCUCAGGAUAUGAAGACACGAGAAGACUCCAUGAUCAUAUCUUCUCCACCACCGGACGAUUACCCGAGCGGCAUAUUUUCCAUACAGGUCCAUCAGAUUACGGGACUCGAACUCGAAAAAAUCAAGAAGCAAAGAAAUCCAAAAGAUCAACAGGAUGUGGAGGGGGUUGCUGGUGAUCUCCCAAGCAGUUACUGCAAUAUCAUCUUAAACCACCAGACUAUAUUUCAAACCAGGACAAAACCGAAGAAUCCAAAGCCUUUUUUCAAUGCGGGCACCGAACGAUUUAUCCGCAACUGGCGAAACACAGAGGUGAUUGUAGCGGUUCGCGAUUCACGGGUGCAUGAGGAUGAUCCUUUACUGGGAAUUAUUGUCUUGCCGCUUGGGAAGAUUUUUGAAAACCGCUCCCAGGUCAACGACUUGUACCCGUUAGCUGGAGGAUUAGGCUAUGGACGGGCGAGAAUUUCCAUGGUAUUCCGGUCUGUUCAGCUUCAACCUCCCAAAGAACUACUUGGAUGGGAAUAUGGGACUUUGGAGAUUCGAUCGGGAAUCAAGUCUAAGGAUCUACCUCACGACCUCUCCUCCUUGCGACUCUCGUUCCGCACGUCUGCUGGAAAGGCCAAAAUGCACAGUUCCAGAUCAGGUGUCCUCUCUAGUCAUCAUUCCGAUGCUGAUGACACUACUUGGAACAGCACGCACUCUCGGCGCGUCUAUCUUGCCGUUCGCAAACGCUACAGCACAUGCUUAUUGAUAAGCUUUCGGCGUAACGCUCUGGGACCAGACAAGACGCCCGCUUUUUCAAUUCUUUGGCUCAAAGACGUUCCCGAUGACGAACCUCGCACAUUGGAUUUGCCUGUUUAUCGCUCUUCAGAAGUCCGUGUCUCCCGAGCGAGGUCGAAUUGUCUAUCUGCCGAGGAACUGCCAAAACCAGUGGGAUACAUUACGCUUUCCCUUAUCUUUUAUCACGGCUUAAGUGCGCAUCACAUAUCCCUCGCUCGGUCUGACUCAUCUGUGGGAGUCGUGUGUGAGGUUCUGGAAACUGCCCAGCAAAAUUACGAUUCUCGACCAGGAGAUGGAACCAGCUCAGACGAGGAUUCUAAUGAAGCUUCGGAUAAUUCAGAAAGCGAUUCGGGCGAUGAUGAUAAUGAAGAUGGUGAGAAACAGCAUGACAUUGGAGAUAGAGGUUCAACAAAAUUGGAUGACCAUAAGACGGAUUCUCCCAGCUUUGAGAGACCUUCCGGACCUUCCAUGACAAGCAAUACACAUAGAAGCAAGCGCAGCGAGAAUCUUCAGGCAAGCGGUAAAAGAGGUCCCAUUGAUACUAUUCGAGAUUAUCAAGUACAUCGAAAGCAAUUGCACCAUUCUCAUCGAGGUGCAAUGCAGUGGAGGGCUCCUCGAACGAUGGCCUGGGCACUGACCAAAGUUAAGAACACUGGUACCGGGGUGGUAGGGGGUAUAUUCAAGCGUCACGGCGACCGUGAGCCGGAUAUUGAGACUGAAGUAUGA